AUGGCGCCUAAAUUACGCGUUCUCGCCCACAAUGCACGGCUUGAGGAGCGCAUGCAAAGCCAAAUUUCAACGUCGCUCGCAUCGGUUCUGAAAACCAACCCAAAAUUGACACCAAAAGAGGCGAUGUGGACGGUCACUAACGAAAUGUUGACCAACAACCCUUUCCAACCUCCCAAAGACGGCAAAUGCCCGAUCAACGACCUUCCAAACGAAAUCCUUGGCUACAUUUUUUCUGUAGGCGUUGAAGAAGAAGAAAUGGAGGAAGAGUGGGAAGACGACGAAGAUGCAUGGGUGGAUGAAGAUUCCGAUGAAGAAGGAGAUGAUGACGAAUCCGAUGACUCUGACUCUAAUGAAGAUGAAGAUGAAGAUGAAGAUUCCGAGAACGGUUCCGCCAUGGACUUUGCUGCUGAGCGAUUGGAGCUUAGUGAUAGCGACUCUGAAGAUGAACAUGAACCCAGAGUUCCAUUCCAAGUUCUUGUUUCUCAUGUAUGCCGGCGCUGGCGCGAGGUUGCCCUUGAUUCGCACGUCUUGUGGACCUUCCUUGAUUUCUCCAAGAGGCCAAACCUCGAAAAGGCACAAGUUUACAUAUCGCGUGCUCAGGGUCUUCCUUUGAACAUCUUUAUCGACUGUACAUUCCCCGAAGACGUCGACGAGGAAGACCACCCGGAUCAUCCUCUGUACCAUGACAAUGUAGCACGCAAAAAAUCUCUCGCCGAAGGAUGCGACGAUGAGGAAUGCGAGGGCCAUGACGAACAUGAUCAUGACUUUGAUGUCCAAUUCCUGUCACAAAAACAACUUACCCAAAUCAUGGAUCUCAUCGAACCUGAAGUAUCUCAUUGGCGCCAACUCGAUUUCCGGGCUAGUACUUACGGCUACGUUCACUUGUUUCUUUCGCGUCUGCAUGCUUUACCGAGCGCACCAUUACUCGAAUCAUUCCAGGUGUGCCACUUCGAAGAUUGUGAGGACUACGAGUUCUUCAGCGGAGAUGAUAAAACUGCUUUCUUGCCUUUCCAUGGAGAUGCACCUCUCUUAAAGGACAUUGUUCUCUGGGGUGUGCAUAUUGACUGGGACGCACCAUUCCUAAAGGGCUUGCGAGAACUCGAGCUUUCUUACCACGCAAAAGAUGUUCGACCCUCCUAUCAAUCCUUCGCGAAUAUGAUCAACAACUCCCCGGAGCUAAACUCACUCACAAUAUCACUCUCUGGCCCCGUUUUGCCCGAGGGUGUCAGGUUCGAUGCCGACCCAGAGGAAGAAGAGGGCGCGUGGGGUCCUACGCCUCUGACCAUCCCUUCGCUGAAGGAUUUCGCGAUCCAGUUCCUGGACCCCAGAACAGCGUCGGCCUUGGUGCAACACCUUGACAUGCCUGGAUUAACGGAUCUGUUGCUCAAUUUCGAUGAAGAGGACUAUAGUUCCUUCGUCCGCACCAUCGUGAAACCCGUCAAGGGGCGCACCGAGAGCGUGCUGUCGCACGUCGAGAACCUCAAGAUCUCCGGUCUGCCAUGUGACGUAGCCAGCGUCGAAGUCUUCCUGUCUCAGCUGACGAAGCUGAAGGCGCUCAACUUGAAGGUCGUGGGUGUUGAGGAGGAAGUGUUCUUCAACAAGCUGUUGGUCCCAAAUGCAAGAGGACCGUCGUCGAGCUCUCAGGCGAGUGCCGCUGGCUCUAGCACAGCACCCGCUCUACCCUCCGUCUUCCUGCCCCAGCUUAAGUCGAUCACAACAAACGGCGUAUCUGGGGCGAGGCUGAAGAAUCUCGUCAUCGCACGCCGCGACCGCGGUGUGCCUUUGACUUCGGUCAUCAUCUCCGAACAGGACUCUGUCUCGAAGAAACAGGAGAAAUGGUUGCGCGCGAACGUCAAAGAAGUCGAGUUUUUUGUACCUUCUGACUCGGAGGAGGAGAUUGACGACGAUGAACUGGAUAUCAUUGGCAUAGAGGAAAGAAGCGAGGAUGAUGUUGAUGAUGAUGACAACGAUGAAGACGGAGAUGAUCAGCCCGACGAUGUCGUUGAUGAGGACGGACAGCCCUUGUUCAGCCCUCUUGCACGCCAUUUACGUAGAGGUAGAGGGGGCCGCGCUGGAGGAGGAGGCUUGGAUUAA